UUCAGUGAGUGCUUUAUUUUAGAUUUCGUUGCUUAAUGGGCUACCCAAGGCUUGGGAGGCCAACUUGGUCGGUUAUCUGCCUCCACAUAGCUCAUCGCGACCGUAAAAAAUUAUGGGUCCUACCAAAUCGUGUAGGAUCGAACGGUGACCACUUUUCCACUUUUGAAGAAGCAGAGUAAUCGUAUCCCUCAAACGUCCAUAACAGCCACAGAAUUUUGAAUCACAGAUUAACAAAAACCUUCUCAGGGAUUCACGAACACAUACCACACGCAAUGCUUCUGCGCGGAAUCAUCUCCACUUCUCACCCUUCGCUUCUCCUCAAACCCUCCGCCGCUCCUCCCCGCAAUGCCACCGCAAUCACUAGCAAAUACUCCAUCUCCGACGAGGACCUGCAGUCCCGAGGCUUCUUCUUCCGUCGCACGAUCUCCGACCUCAACCUGGACCACCUGAAUUCCGUGUUCGUCGCAGUCGGAUUCCCCAGGCGAGACCCUCAGAAGAUCAAGAUCGCUCUGGAGCACACUAACUCGCUCUUGUGGAUCGAGCACAAGAAGUCCGAGAAGCCAGUGGCGUUCGCUAGGGCGACCGGCGACGGUGUGUUCAAUGCGAUAAUUUGGGACGUGGUAGUCGACCCGUCGUAUCAGGGGAUCGGGUUGGGGAAGGCUGUGAUGGAGCGGUUGAUGGAGGAGUUGUUAGAGAAGGGGAUUAUCAAUAUUGCUCUGUAUUCGGAGCCCCGAGUACUCGGGUUUUAUAGGCCAUUGGGUUUUGUAUCCGACCCGGAUGGCAUAAAAGGAAUGGUGUAUUCCAGAAAACAAAAAAAGAAGAAAUAACUAGAACAAUAUCAUUGUG